CGCACUGCUGCUCGAACUUGAACGGCACCGUCGAAAACCUCCAACAUGAACGCACUCCGCCAGCGACUACCAGCACCUCGCCAGGAUCAAGUCACCCGCCUGGCUCGGAAGCAGGGUGAUUCCGAGAGAGGGACUCACGGUGUCAGUCAACCGAGUCGCAUGACCCAGCUUGCUGGCGAAGCCCCAAUCUGGUUCCGCUCCGCCGCACGCCGACGCCUCUACUUCCUGCUUUUUCCAGCCGCUGUCGUGUCUUAUGCCACAUCGGGUUUCGAUGGGAGCAUGAUGAACUCACUUCAGACGGUGUCCUACUGGGACGACUUCUUUGGAAAUCCACGUGGAGCAACACUGGGGCUGAUCAGCGCCAUCAUGUCGCUCGGAAGUAUCUGCUCCACCCCUAUCGCGCCCUGGGUUGCAGAUAAGUACGGCCGACGGUGGGGAAUCACCACAGGAAGCAUUAUUAUGAUUAUUGGUGCUAUCAUCCAGUGCGAAAGCGUCAACUACACCAUGUUUGUCAUCAGCAGGUUCAUUCUCGGCUUCGGCCUGUCCUUUGCCACCACAGCCUCACCCAGCUUGGUCAGUGAGCUGUCGCACCCCAAAGACAGAGUCACGGUCACGGCCAUCUGCAACACCUGUUGGUUCCUCGGCAGCAUCGCAGCAGCCUGGAUCACGUACGGCACGCGGCGUAUUCCGAGCACUUGGUCCUGGAGAAUCCCCUCACUGCUCCAGAUGGGACCUAGCCUACUUCAACUGUCCACCAUCUGGCUCCUCCCCGAGUCGCCCCGUUGGCUGAUUUCCAAGGACCGUGACGACGAGGCGCUGGCUGCCCUGAAGCAAUACCACGGGGAAGGCAAAGAGACCGAGCUCGUCAGGCUCGAGUUCGAGGAAAUCCGCAACGCCAUUGACCACGAGAAGCUUGCCGGCACGACAACCUGGAAGUCGAUGGUCAGCACCCCCGGAAACCGCUACCGCAUGUUCCUCGUCAUAUGCAUGGGCUUCAUGAGCCAGUGGAGUGGUAACGGCUUGGUCGCAUACUAUCUCUCCCGGAUUUUGGACUCUGUCGGCAUUACGAACAAAGAUACCCAGGCCCUCGUCAAUGGCUUGAUCAAUAUAUGGAACUUCGGCCUCGCCCUCACCAGCGCGUUCUUUGUAGAACGAAUCGGCCGCCGGCCCCUUUUUAGAGCGUCAACCCUGGGGAUGCUGGCCAUGUUUACCGCUUGGACAAUUGCUUCGGCGCGGUUUGCUGAGACUAAUAACAAGUCCGCAGGCAUCGCGGUCAUAGCUCUGAUCUUUGUAUUCCAGUUCUUCUACUGCAUCGCCUUCUCUCCGCUCCCUGUUGCGUACUCAGUCGAGGUCUUACCCUUCUCGAUCCGCGCCAAGGGGAUGGCGACCUAUGUAUUUUCCACGAAAAUGGCCGUUUUUGUCAACCAAUACGUCAACCCCAUCGGACUUCAGGACAUUGGCUGGAAGUACUACCUUGUUUACGUUGUCAUCCUUCUCGUAGAGAGUUUCAUCGCAUACGGAUGGUUCCUCGAGACCAAGGGCAAAGCUCUGGAAGAGAUCGCUGUUAUUUUCGAUGGGGAGGCUGCGGAUGUUAUGGUUCCCGGUGGCAAGGCUGUUGCGGGCGUAGUUGAGCAAAUCGAGAACGCGGAGCGCAAGGCAUAAGAUGUCAAUAGCUUGGGCACGUGUUCGACCCACACACAAUCUUGUUCAAUCAGUGUAUGGAAGGAUCAAGUCUGAAUACUUCUCCAACUCGUAGAAUGAAGUUGGAUGUUUGUAAAGUGGAAACAACAUAGUAAAAACGAGCUUCUUAAUCUGAG